GGCGGCGUUGUCUGUGUCCGGCAUAACCAGAAGAGGCUUCACGUGGAUGGUUACAGGGGCACCACGCAGAGAAUUUUGGUCUCGAUUCAGAUUUUGCUGAAGAAUUAUCCAAGGUGAAACACUGCAAAAAUGAUUCAGCUGACAGCUACCCCUAUAAGUGCACUUGUUGAUGAGCCAGUGCAUAUCCAAGUUACAGGCCUGACUCCCCUUCAGAUGGUCACUCUUCAGGCAUCACUGGAAGAUGAAAUAGGAAGACUAUAUUAUUCUCGAGCAUACUAUAGGGCCAAUGAAGCUGGUGAGGUGGACCUGGAGCAUGCUGCUUCACUUGGAGGUGACUAUACGGGAGUCCAUCCCAUGGGUCUCUUUUGGUCCCUUAAACCUGAAAAGUUAUUAAGUAGACUUAUGAAAAGAGACGUGACUAGACCCUUCCAAGUCCAAUUAAAAGUUUAUGACCUAGAUAGUCUACUAAACAAUAAAGCUGCCAGUGCUCCAAAGGCCAGUCUGACUUUGGAGAGGUGGUAUGUGGCACCUGAUGUCACACGGAUCCAGGUCCGAGAAGGCCGCCUUCGGGGAGCCCUUUUUCUCCCUCCAGGAGAAGGCCGUUUCCCAGGGGUAAUUGAUUUGUUUGGUGGUACUGGUGGACUGCUAGAAUUCCGGGCCAGUCUUCUGGCCAGUCGUGGCUUUAUAUCCUUGGCCUUGGCUUAUUUUCACUAUGAUGACCUGCCCUCCAAACUAGAAGAAACAGAUUUGGAGUAUUUUGAGGAAGCGGCAGACUUUCUCUUGAGACAUCCUAAGGUGCUUGGCCCAGGCGUUGGGGUAGUCUCUGUAUGCAAAGGAGCAGAGAUUGGACUUUCCAUGGCUAUUCACCUAAAACAAGUCACAGCCACUGUACUGAUAAAUGGGCCCAAUUUCAUUCUUGGUGUUCCACAUGUAUAUCGUGGUCAGAUCUAUCAGCCCAUGCCCCACUCUAUACAAUUAUUAUCCUUCACCAGGUUGGGGUUAGUAGAGUUCGGUGGUAUUUAUGAGGAAACUCGAAUUGUGAACAACCAGUAUAUUUCUCCCAUUGAAAAGGCCCAGGGACAUUUUCUCUUCAUUGUGGGAGAAGAAGAUAAAAAUAUCAACAGCAAAGUCUAUGCUAAGGAAGCCACAGAACAGCUGAAGAGAAAUGGGAAGAACAACUGGACUGUGCUAUCUUACCCGGGGGCAGGCCACCUGAUAGAGCCCCCCUAUUCCCCACUGUGUUGUGCCUCAGGGACCCCUGGUGUCUGCUCAGCCGUUCACUGGGGAGGAGAGGUGAUCCCACAUGCAGCUGCACAGGAACAUGCUUGGAAUGAGAUCCAGAAAUUUCUCAGGAAACACCUCAUUCAAGAUGUGACCAGUCAACUCUGAGAAGACUAAGUAUCUCUGAGAAGGAAGUUAUAGCAAGAGAAGGGCAGGAGGACUGAGAAUGAUAAUGUCUUGUCUGUUGAAAAGGAAAAAUGGUUUCCACUUAACCCAAUAUCAUACAUACACUGGAGUCCUAUGUUUAUGGAAAUAAACUCAGGGCUCUACCUGCCUUAAAAUAUUUCAGUUUAUAAUCAUAGCAAUUCUCAAGGGGAAAUAAUUACCAACAGUAAACCACAGAAUCCCCUGGCUUGUAAAACAGACAUGAAUCAAAUCAGAUGCUGACAUUUGUUGAUUUUCUAACACUCAAAUUAAAUAUGCUUAGAUCUCUUAUAUUGGAAAAUAGCUCAUGGUUUCUUCAUUGUUAUUGGAAAACUAGAGCUGGGUAAAAAAUAUAUUAUUUUAAUCAAUAUGGAAGCUGAUAUAGAUGUAAGAUCAUUGAAUCAGUCUGCAACCAAUAAUAAAUCAACCAAAGCUAAUAAAAUUACAUAAAAUUAUUUUUGUAUCUAAACAUGUACAGAAUUUUGGCAUUCUCAGCAAUGGGAGAAAAGCAAUCAGAUUCACAGAAUUGCAACCCGAGGAAGUAGCCAUGUUGAUGGAGAUUGUGUGCCUCUACAUUAAGGGUUGGCAAACAUUUUCAGCUUUGUGGGCCAUAAGGUCUCGUCACUGCUACUAACCAGCCACCUCCCUAUCUGCUUUCUGAUACUCCCUCUGUGUAGUAAAAUCAUCCCAUUUGGUUGAAGAGGAACUAAUAGCCUCUCUCCUUUCUCACUCAGAGAAGUGGUCACAUUUCACAGGCCUGGUCAAUCGGAACACUUCACUCCUUUGACUAUAAUAAUCAUGUAAUUGCAAUGUCUAAUGCCUCCAGUAUGAUGUUAUGUAAUAGUUGUCAUAAUGAAUGUAACUUUCUUGUUUUCUGUUUGGUGAUUUAGGAAGAAUGUCUCUGUGAGGUCUGAUGAUAUUGUUUUGGCUUGAUAUAUAUCCAUUGAUUUAUGUUUUAUGGAAUUCUUUUAAACCAAGAAUGUUUUAGAAUUUUUUCAAGUCCUUUUUCAGCAUCACUAAAAAUGAUUCUACGGGUUUUCUUUGAAGAUC